UUACAGAGAGCGUCGCAUGCUCAGGAAGUGUGAUUCAUUUGAACAAUACCAACAACAAGUGACAGGUUUAACGUUACUGUACAAUAUUAAAGCAUAUGUAUAGUUGAAUAUUUUGAAAUUAUAUAGGAAACACCUCUAAAAAGGGGUGAAAAUGUUUUCCGGGUUAAGCGAACUGGGUAUAUCCAGUGGCGAGGAUCUGAAAGAAACUCUAACCAACUGCACAGAUCCACUUAAAGCCAUUGACCAGUUUCAGACGGAAAAUGGCAUAUUGUUGCCGACGCUGCAGUCUGCUCUACCAUUUCUGGAUCUUCAUGGUACUCCAAGACUGGAGUUCCAUCAAUCGGUUUUUGACGAACUGCGUGACAAAUUGAUGGAGCGAGUCGCAGCGAUAGCUGAUGGGAAGGAGGAGGAUAGGUAUUCUAAAUUGGAGGAAUUACUGGAGAAAAGCUUUCCCUUAGUGAAGAUGCCCUCCAUUCAGCCUGUAGUUAUGCAGGUUCUCAAACACCUGCCAAAGGUCCCUGAGAAAAAGCUGAAGCAGGUGAUGGCUGAUAAAGAGCUCUACAAGGUUUGUGCCGUUGAGGUGAAGAGACAGAUCUGGCAGGACAACCAGGCUCUGUUUGGAGACGAAGUCUCCCCUCUGCUGAAGCAGUACAUUGUGGAGAAAGAGGCUGCCCUCUUUAGUAGUGACCUCUCUAUAUUGCACAACUUCUUUAGUCCUUCACCCAAGAUACGACGCCAAGGAGAGGUUGUCCAAAAGCUGACCCAGAUGAUUGGGAAGAAUGUGAAGCUGUAUGACAUGGUACUGCAGUUUCUGCGCACUCUGUUUCUGCGCACACGCAACGUCCACUACUGUACCCUGCGGGCAGAACUUCUCAUGUCCCUCCAUGACCUCGACAUCAGCGAAAUCUGCCUUGUCGAUCCCUGUCACAAGUUCACCUGGUGUUUGGAUGCGUGUAUCAGGGAAAAGUUUGUGGAUGCCAAGCGAGCCAGGGAGUUACAAGGCUUUCUGGAUGGGGUCAAGAAAGGACAGGAACAGGUUCUGGGGGAUCUUUCUAUGAUUCUCUGUGACCCAUUUGCCAGUAACACUCUGGUGUUGAGUACUGUAAGAAAUCUGCAGGAGCUGCUUAGCCAGGAUGCACUUCCCAGGGACAGCCCAGACCUACUGCUGCUGCUGAGAAUGCUUUGUCUUGGACAAGGCGCCUGGGACAUGAUUGACAGUCAAGUUUUCAAAGAGCCUCGACUGGAGCUGGAAGUAGUGACUCGUUUCCUGCCAGCCGUCAUGUCAAUACUGGUGGAUGACUACACAUUCACCGUGGAGCAGAAGCUGCCGAGUGAAGAGAAGACCUCCGUCACCUACCCCACCACUCUGCCUGACACAUUCACCAAGUACCUUCAGGAAAACAGAGUUGCCUGUGAGAUGGGUCUGUAUUAUGUACUUCACAUUGCCAAGUUGAGGAACAAAAAUGCCCUGCAGAGAUUGCUUCCUGCACUGGUGGAGACUCAUAAUGAUGCAGCAUUUGGAGACAUCUUUCUGCACCUCCUGACCGGCCACCUGACUCUCCUCUCUGACGAGUUUGGAUCAGAAGAGUUCUGUGCUGCUGUUUUUGACGGAUUUCUACUCACCUCCUGCUCCAGCAAAGAGAAUGUGCACAGACACACACUACGCCUUUUGAAUCACCUCUGUCUGAAAGUGCAGCCUUCCGUCAUGGAAACCCUGGUGAAGACACUGGAGCCUCCCAAACAGUGCAGUGAACCCGUGAAAGAGCUGUACACCCAGCUGACGGAGAAGCUGGAGGCCCAGAAGAAGAGCCCCCCUGAGCCGGAGGAGGCCCCCUCCCUGGACCUGGGCCUGCACUCCAUCACGGUCCCCACCACCCCGGCCACCCCCACCACCCCACUCUGAGACUGGAGCUCAGGGGGAAUCAUGGGAAAUAACAACCCAGGUCUGAGUUAACUACACCUGCAGUUGAGUGAGGCUUGGUACAGUCUCAUAUCAGACGGCCCACCAAUUGGUAGGACAACACACAGAGCACUCAGUAGAUCCUCAGUGGGAUUGCUUUUUAAAGGACUGGGGUACUCUUGUUAUGAUUUUUUUUUCUUUUCUAUAUUUUCUAAAAUUAUAUUUUAAAGCUCAUUUUUCAUUCUUAAAAAAAAGGAUGUCAAUGAGGUUUUUCAUUAUUUUGUGUAUUUUUAUUUUAUGAAACUGUAGACUCCUUUAAUUGUUGUAUAUUUUCAAAGUAUAUUUUCUUAUGUGCAGUGUGUACACUGAAUACGCUCUCUGUUGUGUGAAUUGUAUCUGUGGUACAGCAAGCUGUAAAUAAAGUAAUUAUUUAGGAAACAAA